AUGAUGAACAAUAAUGGCGGUAAUAAUGGUUCACACGGUAUGAUGUAUAGUACAGGAAACAUGUAUGUAAGCACAAGCGAGAACGGUGCUUCAUCGUUCCCUGAGCAUUUUUGGCCACAGCCAGUGAUGGACGCUUCGUUAGGUGGGCUCGGUCAAAUGCAUUCGCAAAAUCAUAGCCACGGACGUGGACAUCAGUCUGAUGGAGGGUUUGUCGUCAACGGAGAGAGCGGUCGUAGCAGUGGCAGUGGCAAUGGGAUUGGGAUUAUUAAUGGUAACAGCAGUGGUAACGUCAGCGGCAAUGUCAGCGGAAACAGCAGUGGUAAUGCCAGUGGAGAUAACGCUAGUCGUAGCGUUAGUAGGAAUGGAACUCCAAACCUGAACAGGGCUGCCAAUUACUAUGCCUUUGUGAAUAGUAGUAACCGGCCAAUCAAUUGCCCUCCACAGCAUGGAAAUCAAUAUUCAAGUAAGCCUUUUAUUCAUAAGCCAACCCAAAAUCAUCAAUCAAACCAAGGCCAAAUUCAAAGCCAAAUUCAAAGUCAAAGUCAAAGUCGAAGUCAAAGUCAAAGUCAAAUUCAUCGUCAAAUUCAAACAGUCAAUAAGGUCGACAAUACAAGUGAUCCAUCAAGCCCUAGAACGCAACACAACUUAAAUUACACCGGUGCAAUAGGUCAUCAUAGUGCUUCAUAUAUCAAAAAAAGGGUGGCAAAAGCCUGUGAUCACUGUCGAAAGAGAAAAAUUAAAUGUGGUGAAAUUGAUAAUAACACUAAAAAAUGCGCCAAUUGUACAAAAUACUGUGUUGAAUGUAUUUUCUCUAACCCAAGGGAUGAUUUUGACAAAAAACAACGUAAAAGUUUUGAUAAUCUCAUAAGAUCAAAUUCACAAGGUUCAGAAAACAUUGAUCCAAUAAAAUUUGGGGUGCCACUUGAUUAUAAUGUUGACAUAACAAACGAUCUUAUGACUAGUAGUAACACUAACGAGAUAACAAGAAAUGAUAACGAAACAAGGGAGGAUUCAAUAGACAGUGGUAAAGUGGAAAAAUUGGAUAGAAAAGUAUCUGUUAUCAUUGAUAAAGUUGCGAAAUUAGAAGAUUUAUUUCAUACACUAUUGAAAAGUCAUGAAAAUGAAGCAGAAAAAAACUACCUAAACAAAUCAAAACCAAGACAUUACUAUACAACAUUGUUAACCAUUCAAAAAUUGCUUUGGUUUAAACGAAUAAAUUGUCCACAUGAAUCGUAUCAAUUUUUUUUAAAUCCAUUAAGAGAAAUAAUGACUAUUUCUAUGAAAUGGUAUGUCGCUCAAAUGAAAAUUACUAUUGAUUUUUCUUCUCCAACGUUUAAAAACGGAUACUAUAGUGUAAAUCCUAUACCUUCUCGGGCUCAGUCUAAACGUUUGAUUGAAAAUUUUAGAGCAGCUCUCUUGGCUUCUUCUGGUCCAGGGUUUAAUAGUUUAAAAUACUAUAGUGAUUUGGUCGAUAAAUAUUAUGAUCUUGAUUGGACAUCAUUAUCUUACGCGGAAAUGCUUUUACUUAAUACAAGUAUUUGUUCUGGUGCUUCAAGAAUGAGGCAAGUAAAUUCGAAUGAUUUUUACCAUCUAAGAAAGGAUAAAUAUAAUCCAACAAGAAAUGAAUUGAAAAAAAUUGAAAAUGACACAUUAUUAAAUGCGAUUUUUUAUUACAAUAAAGUUGUUAUUGGAAGUGGCGGAGUUAUCGAAAUUCAGGGCUUACUGUUAUUAAGCUUAUAUUUACAUGAAAAUAUCAAUACAGAUCUAGCUUUGACGGUUCUUUCGAUAGCGAUAAGGUUCGCUUUAGAGAAUGAAUUUAAUAAAGUUCCUCCAUUGAAUAUAUCUUUUGAAGAAGAAUCAAUGAGAAGGAGUCUUUGGUGGCAUUGCUAUAAUAAGGAUAAAAAAUUUGCAUUAUUGUUAUCAAAACCACCAAUAAUUAGAUAUGAUGAUACAAACAUGUUAACAGAUGAACAAUACUACUUUUUUACAAAAAGGAUUCUCUAUACAAAAUUUCCUGAGAAGGAAAAAGAUAUAGACAACUUGGAUGAUUUAGAUUCUGCAUUAGAUUACGUGGUUAAAUUCUCUGAAUUUGUUCCUUUUAUUAUGUCAUAUUUUGUUCAAAAUUUAGGUAAAAUUGAAGCAAAAAUUGUUGACAUUUGUUUUUCUUUCAAAACUUUGGUAAACCUUUCAUUUGAUCAAGUUGUCGAUAAAUUAAUAGAUAUAAGAAAAGAAUUGCUUGAUUGGGUAUCAACCUUACAUCCCUCUAUGAAAUUGGAUAGCUACAAAAAAUAUAUUUCUUUGUUGUAUCUACCAAAUGAUGUUGAAGAUCCCGGUUUAAGCUAUGAAAUUAUUUCUUCACGCGUUAUUGUGGCUCAUCUACGUUCGCUACACUUGAAGAAUCUUUUGUGCAUGUUUGCAACAUCAUUUCUUUUGGAUAAUGCUGAUAAAUUUAGAACUACUCGUCAUAAGAUAUUAACUCUCUAUACAAUGUUUGAAGAAGAGGGUUUGAAAAGCUGUCUGGACAUUCUGAAAAUUUUCCAAUUUGUUGAAUAUGAUCUUCACAUGUAUAAUGAUACCUUAUACAUUUUUCUAACAGCAGCAUUUGCUUUAAUACUACACGUUACUAAAAAUAUUAAUAUUCCUGACAAAAAAAUAAUUCCUCCUAUUAUUGAAUUGUUGAUAAAAGAUCAUGAGCUUCUUGUUGGCCCAAAUCAGGAGCAUUUAGUAUCUGAUAAUAAUAAAUGGAACACAUCAAUUUUUUUCUAUUCUUUUCUAUUAGGAAAAGUUAUCAAUUCAUUCAAUAUUAAAAAUCCAAUUGCAAAAGACUACAAUUUUAAAGCUGAAACUUAUGAACUAAUGCUAAAUAAGAUUCAAAAUUAUAUGGAAUUAUUGAAGAAUGAUGUAUUAGAUGGUUUGGAGAGGCGUAUGAAUAAUUACCCAUUAGGAGAUGAUACUCCUAGCAAAAAUGGCUCUGCUAAGCCAGCUGAUAUAAUGCAAAUAUCUCCAUUAUCAAGAUGUAGAUUUAACAGUUUUGAUGAAGGAACGAUGAAAAAUCUCAGAUCAAAAAAAACCUUCGAGCUCUACAAUAAAGACGUAAAAAAUUGGGUUAAUUUAUCAUCCGAGAGCGACAAAUCACUGUUUCCAAUGAAAAAUUCAUACGUCAGAAGUUAUGAUCCAUUCACCUCUUAUUCCGAUGUUGAGAAUUUGGCUAACGACUCCGCAACUUCAGCACAAGAGAUUUUUCAGGACGAGGCGACUGAUAACAUAGAUCCUUUAUUGGAACAGUUUCAAGACUUUUUCUGUCAAAAUGAAUUAUUCUUUGACCGUGAUUUGCAAAUUGGCAAAGCAUUCAGAAAUCAAAUAUUCAAAGCUUAG